AUGCCAGAAUGCCCAAAAUGCCGCGCAUCCACCCUGCAGGUGGCCGAUGCUCGCCGCGCCAAGGCGGCCAUCUACGCGGCCGGGGAAGUCUACCGCCAGGCCACGGUGAAGCAGCGAGUGCCGCCCAUGGUGAUCAAUGUGAUCGUCGACCCCGCCACCAGCCGCACCUUGGCUGCUUUGUGCGGCUGGGUAUCUGGGCACCAAGGCACCUUGGGCGGGCAGACCCCAGACGCCUUCUAUGUGAGCGUGAAGCACGCGCGCCCACUGGCCGUGGGCCUCAUUUCUGGAGGCACGGGCAGCCUGGCGAAGGCCUACGGGGCGCUGGAGAAGUGCGAGACCUUUGUGGGGCUCAAGGCGGACGGCGCCAAGGACUGGAAGGAGCCGCCCAACUUGCUGGGCCUCGCGGACGGCCUCCCGCCGCAGCUCGCCCAGCUGGCGGCGGAGUGCGGCAAAGCGGCCUCAGUGCGGGCGCGCCCCGCCGGGCAGAAGCGGCUGUGGGUCUCAGGGCACGAGAGCCACAAGGUGGACGGCUUCACCGUGGUGGCACAGAGAGGCACCCGAGCCUCGGGGAAGUUCAAGGAGUUGCUGGAUGAUUUCAAGGCGGGGGGCGGCGCCAACGCCUUGACCAAGGCCCUGAAGCUUUGUGCCUCAGAGGUCGCCAAAGGGGCGGAUGUCCUGGACAUUUCCGCGGACGGCAUCGCCGGGGAUGGCUCGAACCGGGGCUCCAAGAGUGCCAUGAGCAAGUUCUGUGCCUUGUACGAUGAGGACGCGCGGGUGGCGAAAGCCCCAGUGAUGCUGUGCUCGGCGGACUGGAAGGUGCUGAAGGCGGGCCUGGGGCACCUGCAGGGCAGGUGCAUCGUGAACGCGCUGUGCCUGAUGCUGGGGGAGGAUGAGUUCCUCCGCAUCGCCAAGGAGUGUCUGAAGCAUGGGGCGGCGCUCGUGGUCAUGGCGGUGGGCGAGCAGGGCAGGGCAGUCACCUCCAAGGAUAAGGUGGAACUCCUGCAGCGGAGCUACAAGCUGCUGCGCCAGAAGCUGGAUUUCCCCGCGGAGGACAUCAUCCUAGACGUCCACCUGCAGAGUCUGCGACAUGACGAGCACCCGUCGGAGGUGAUCGCCGCCAUCAAAGAGACCCGCCGCACCUCGAUCCGAGUCGGGUUCGGCCGAUGCCUCUGCCCCCACGCCAGCAUCGCCUGCGGCCUCAGCAACCUGAGCGCCGCCUUCGGCCAGCUGCGGCAGCUCCGCGAGGCGCUGCACAGCGUCUUCCUGCGCCACUCCGUGCCCUUAGGCGCGCGGGGACGGAGAUGCGGUCGCGCGCGCAAGGGGACGGCGUCCCACACCCACACAGUUGUUUGUCAGGUCUGCGAGGAUGUGAUCCUCAAUAGCAAGAAGGAUGAGUCGGCCCUGCGUCGCUUUAUGGCCUUCCUCAGCGUGCGCAGCGGCGCCGCGGUGUGUUUGCCUCUGCAGGCCUGGGCGGCCAACGAGGCACCUUUGGCCGAUGCCUGGUGGGAGCUUCCGGAGUGCAAGGCGGCAGCCAAGGAGGCACAGGCGCCGUACGUGAACAGCCGCCAGAUAGGGGGCGCAGCAAGUCAGAAGAACUUCUUCCAAGGGCUGAAGCCCGCCUAUGUGUCGCCGAUCGCACAGGUGCCGGCGGAGGCGGGGUGUGAGCGCCCUGCGCCCUGGCGGGUGUCCAGUGCCAGCGGCGCCGGGGCCCUGCAGCAGCAGGUGUCCAGCGCGCUGUCCAGCGGCACCAAGAUCCCGGAGCGCACGCUGCCGCGCGGCCGAAGUUGGGCCCUGCGGGGCCUGGGGCCGGCGGUUGGGCUGGCGCAGCUCAACCUGAUGCUCAGCAAGCAGGUCUUGAUCAUGGACGGCCCGGCCGGCCCCGCCGAACUUCUCUCCUCCGUCAAGGACGAGGCAUCCUUCACCGGCGGGAGGCCAGACCUGGUGCUGAAUGCCCACCGCGCCCUUUUGAAGGCGGGCGCUGACCUGAUCCGCACCAACACCCGGAACGGGGACGUCUUGUGCCAGGACUACUACGGCACCGGGGCGGCUGUGUAUGAGCUGAACAAGGCCGCGGCCACUUUGGCGAAGCAGGCGGUGCAGGAGGCAGUCAGCGCAGAGCCGCAGAGUUUGAAGUUCGCGGCCGGGGUGAUUGGACCCUCCACUGGGCGCCUCACGGCGGUGAAGGCAACGACUACUUGGGACCAGAUGGUGCAGGCGUAUCGGCCGCAAGUGAAGGGCCUCGUGGAUGGCGGGGUUCACUUGUUGCUGCUGGACAUGGUCUCGGACACCUUGAACGCAAAGGCCGCCAUCUACGCCGUCCAGGAGUACUUCGGCUGCUACCCCAAAGAGCGGGUGCCGGUGAUUAUCAACGUCUCUGUGACCAAGGAGGGUCGCACCGGGUCAGGUCAGAGCUUGGCUGCCUGCGUGGCCAGCCUGAUGCAUGCGCAGCCCUUGGCCUUCGGCGUGGGCGGCGAUGGAGCACAGGAGGCGGUGGCGCAGCUGACGUGCCCCUGCUGGGUGCAGCUGACCGGUGCCCCCAAGGACGCGCAAGCGAACUUGGUGUCCCCCACCGGGUCCAAGGCGCGGCGCGCGGCGCGCGGCUUCCGCGAUUCGUUGGAGGGGGAGGAACAGGACGUGUCCGCCUGCGCGAAGCUCCGCGGCUCGUUGGCCACGCGCCCGCUGCCGGCGGCGGCCACUGCCGCCUUGAGGCUCAGCGGCCUGGAGGUCACCAGCCUGGCCCCCGAGGAGGGCCUGAAGCUCAUUGGCCAGCGCUGCCACGUGCAGGGCUCCCAGCGCUUCAAGGGCCUGGUCCACGCCUGCAAGUACACCAGCCCCUUGGACGGUGACGAGGAGGUUUGGGAGGCGGCCUUGGACGUGGCCAAGCAACAGGUGGAGGACAAGGCGGAUCUGUUGGAUCUGAACUUCGACUCCCCGAAGAUCGACGCCAAGAAGGCCAUGGGGAGCUUCGUGCGGCGCUGCGGCGUGAACCCUUCGACCGCCUCGGUGCCGCUGGUCAUCAGCUCGGGCACUUGGGAUGUGAUCGCCGAGGGGCUGAAGAGCGCGCAGGGGAAAUGCAUCGUGAACGGCCUGUCCCUGUCCUCCACGGAGGAGGAGUUCCUGCGGGGUGCCGAGGAGUGCCGGCGCUUUGGCGCCGCCGUGGUGAUCCUCGCGCUCUCCAAGUCGCAGUUUGAGUUCCCCAACUACCAGGAGAAGGUGGGGAGCUGCCAGCGAGCCUUCCAGCUGCUACGCUCCAAGUUGGACUUCCCCCCAGAGGACAUCAUCUUCGACUGCCUGCUGACCCCGGUGGGCUCCGAGGUCCGUGCCUCCCCCAAGGACUUCACGGACGCGGUGGCGGAGCUGAAGCGGACCUGCCCGGGCAGCAGCUUUGUGGCGGGUGUCAGCAACUUGAGCCACGGGUGCCGUACCGUGCAGAUGCUGCGGGAUGCCCUCGCCAGCAGCUUCCUGCAACAGGCGGUGCCGAAGGGCCUGAACUUGGCCUUUGUGGAGCUGGGGCAUCUGCCGCACCCGGGGUCCAUCGAGGAGCCCACGAAGUCCAUCUGCGCGGAGGAGCGGGGCGGAAGCCAUGAGUCCGGGGGCAUGGGUCGAUGGCUGAGUGCGGGUUGUAAAAUGCGGCGUGGGAUUGUCCUGGCUGAUCCAAGAAAAGCGCUCAAACGCCGAAACCAGCGCCCCCCCGCUCAGGACAAGACGUUGGUGCCAAUCGCCAACGUCAAGGCCGUGGAGCCUCUGAGACCCUCGCCCCAGUUCACCAAUCCGGUGGAGAUCCUGGUGCAGGCGACAGGAACCAUCAACUCCUCGAUUUUCCAGACCUUCGGCAGCAAGGCCCACGCCGCGGCCAACUACCACCGCCUCAGCGCGGCAACGCAGAUCAACCGCACGGUGCACUUCUCCUCGAUUUCGGUGUACAUGGGCCAGGGAGGCUCUGGCCCCGUCACGGGUGCCAGCGGCUUGAUGGAUGGCCUGUCCCUUUGGGAGCGCCACCAGGGCGUGAACCACUACGCCACCACAGUGCUCUGGGGUGCCAUCGGAGAGAUCGGCUUGCGCAAGGCCAUCUACGGCUCCCGGGACGUCUUCGCGCAGUUCGACCUGGGGCAAAAGCUCAUCGGCCCAGCGGAUACCGCCUUCCUGGAGCGGCAGGUGUGCUGCAAUGCGGACACCUGGGACUUCGUGGGCCUGGCGUAUCUGGACAACACUUGGAAGGACUCAUUGGCCGGAACCGGCGGCGGCGGCAGCGGCUUGAGCGGGCGCAAGACCUUCCUCGACAACUGA